AUGUCCACCACCACAAACCCCAGCAGCAUCUCUACCAUAUUUCUCGACCAGCCUCCCAGUUGUCUCCAGUUUUGUCCCACGGCCCCUAAUUUCCUGGUAAUUGGAACAUAUCUCUUGACAGUCGAUGAAUCUGAUGCCAAUGCAUCGUCUCCUGAGUCGUCCCGCUCAGGCAGCCUUCAGUUAUUCAAACUAGAUACCCAGACUUAUCGCCUCUGCCAGAUUCAACGGCUGUCGCUCUCCCAUGCCGUAUUUGACCUCCAGUUUUCCAUACACGACCCUUCCCUCUUUGCUGUUGCAUUGAGUGCAGGAAAAGUGUCUUUAUAUAAAAUUGAGAAACACCCGCAAAGCGCAGGACUGGAAGUUUCUCUAUGUCUUCUGAAUACCCUCAGAGUCCACGAUGACGACACGAAGCUCAGUUUAUUCCUGGCUUGGAUUCCACCCUUUCCUGUAGAAGUGGACGAUAGUGUAGCACCUAUUGUUGGUUUUGCCGUCUCAUUUUCUGAUGGACAGAUCUCUGUUUUCCGGAAGCAUGAUGCAUACCCUACGAUUGAACAAGAGUCGAUAAAAGAAACUUGCGUGGAAGGUAUGCCAAUUGAAGUAUGGUAUUUAGCAUUUCAAAGGCGAUACGAUGGUCAACUUUCUCUUUUCAGUGGAGAUGAUUUCAAUCAAGUUCGGAAAAUUACCUUUACGAACGACCCAGAUUUUGACAUCGACUCUGUUCCGAUGAAUGACCGGGGACGUUAUCAUGAAGGUGGGGUCACUGCAAUCUUGCCACUAUGCAACGAAGAUGGAGAGGCCAUUAUUCUCACAGGAAGCUAUGAUCAACACGUUCGAGUCUAUCAGUUUGGAGCUCGCAGACAAAUACUUACUGACCUAAAUCUCGGUGGAGGGGUUUGGAGACUGAAACUUCUCCGAGUUGAGAACAAUUCCGUGGAGAGAUCGCAGGGAACAUUGACUAGCUAUCUUAUCCUUGCUAGUUGUAUGCACGGCGGUGCCCGUGUAAUCAGUGUAGUUCAUUAUUCGAGGCACCCAAAGGCUGGGAGUACAUGGGGUAUCAACAUCAUUGCUCAGUUCACAGAACAUGAAAGCAUGAAUUAUGCUUCAGAUGUCUGGCAGAAUUACGACGAGCCAUCUAAACUGCUAUGCUUGUCAAGCAGCUUCUAUGAUAAAAGGAUUUGCAUAUGGGAAGCCAAGAUACAAAAUGAUGAGGAAGCAGCCCGAAUGAACGAGAGAGAUAAAACAUGA